CUGUGAUUGGUCGAAGAACUGCAAUUCGAAAACACAUCAACACAUGAGUAAAUAAACAUUGCGUUUCGGCUAAUUUUCGACGACAACUUAUGUCCGUGAUGACCGCCUGAACUGGCAAGAUGGAUAUUUCCUGGCUUGGACAAAGCUUGUCCACCAUCACAGGUCAGAUCAGCUCACUGACCAGGGAAGUUGUCGAGGAUGUUGUUGAGGGGCAUUCACGGUCGAUCACUGAGACAGAAAACCCUUCGAGUGAUCAUGAUUCUAAAGCAGUUAUAGAAGAGCUACAAUCAAGCCUAGUUGCCAAGGACUGCCAGAUUCUUGAAUUACAAUCUCGCAUCCGAGAACUUGAGCUUGCAGCACAACCGAAGGACAAGGAGAAAACACACCAGAGAACGCUUUCUGGAAAAUAUGAGAUUCACAGCAUCGACUUUGUUACCCCUACUCAACAAGGCGUCAGUUCAUCACCCUUCCUUACCGAAGAGGUGAUUCAAAAUCCCUUUGGAGAUGUUCCUAAAAAGGAGGAGACAACGCUAGAGUCAGCAACAGAGGUGAAGAAAAUCGUGCACCGAGAUCAGCAAACACAGACCAGGGAUGUUUGCUCAGCAGAAGCGAGCGCUCUGAGGAGGAGCACCAGUUUGGGUGGGGACCUGGACACAUCCAGACAAAAGCCAGAUGCUUUGUGCAACGAAGAGAUUUUUGAGUUUCUCUCCUACCUUGAGACCGAAAUCAGCAAGCUUCGAGCUGAAUCUGACUGCAACCUUAGUAGCGAAGAGGUUGACAGAAAGUUCCUCAAGACCUUAAAGAAUAACAUCACAGAAUGGAAAGAAAAAUCUAUGACUAUUGGGACUUCAGGUUCUUGCAAAGAAGAGAAAGAAGACAUUGAGGAGAUAAAACUGGUUGAACUUGACCCAAUUUUAACCAAACCUGUGCUUUUGACGUCUUCCCAAACAACGCAGUGCAAUAUAAUUCCAGCCAAAAAAAUUGAUCAGGUUCACCAGAGCACUCAAGCUGUUUUGAAAGAUGAAGUAAAAAAAUCUGCACUUGAAAAAUUCACACAAUCUGAGCCAGCCGAGACAAAGAAACUUCAGGAUGGGGCAACUCAGAGUGAGGCGCUGGCGACUGCAUCAGAAGCCACCCAAUCCGAAGGGCCACCAGCUCUUAGCGUUGCUUGCGACAACUUGGCUGAGGAUCUGGAGUACCUGAGGCUAACUGGCCAAAUGAAGAGUGAAGAGGAAGAGGAGAAAUCCACCAAGUCUCUGCAGAUUCUGACAAGUCAAAAUGAAGCUCUGGUGGAGCAAUGCACUUCUCUUCAAAGAGAUAAUGCUUGCCAGGCAGAAAAGAUUAAAAGCCUGGGUAUUAAAAGUGAGUUGAUGCAAGAGGAGCUUAAAAGACUGAGACAACACAUGAUUGAAGUAGAGGAGGAGUAUACUCAGGAGGCUUUAAUUAGAACCAACGAGUUGCAAGAGUUGCAGUCCAGAUACUCGAAUUUAGAGGAGAGAUACUCGGAAACUGUGACGUCCUUAAAUCAGCGGAGGGACGUAAGUGAAAACCAAUUGGACCAGUUUAAGAAAACAUACCAGAUGGCCAUAAUGCAGAGAGACGAUGCUUUGGCUAAACUGCGUGAGAUGGAAUCGGAGAUUCAAAGGCAAGAUGCGGGGUCCCAAAAUCUUCAAGCAGUCAUUGAACAGCUCCAAUUAGACAGGGACAAGGCCAUAGAUUGCCGCACUCAUCAACUGGAGGAAGAAGUGAAGAAGUACUCCGUCAGCAUCCAAACUCUUGAAAAGGAGAAGCAAACUUUGCUGGGACAGCUUGUGGAGGCAAAGUCCAGUUUGAAAGCAGCAGCUAGGUUGACGACGCAAAUCGAUUUGAAAACUACGCAAAUUGAAAAUCUUCAAAGCGAAGUUGCACAACUAAAUCAACAUCUGAAGGACGCUCAAGAAGUUGCAACGCAGAGCCAAAAAAUAUCUGCGGGACACAUAGAAAAAAAUCUAGUUAAAAACUUGAUAGUGAGUUUUUUGAUGGCACCUCCUAACAGUAAAAUGGAAGCAUUGAAAAUUGUUGCCACUUUCUUGGACUUCUCAGAGGAUGAUAGAGUCAAAUUAGGGAUGCAAAAAGGACCAAAGAAGUCGGGGCCUCAGGAAUCCUUGACUGAGGCCUUUGUCAAAUUCCUAGAGAAAGAGUCAAAAGUAGUCCAGGGAGGGCCUAUUCACAAAGUGCUUCAAGAGCAGUAUAAAGAAGUACCUAUGGCAACCGAAAUGACUCCUGUAACCUCAAGCAAUUCUGGCAGCGUUCUAAAAGAUGUGCUGAAGCCUACAGAUCAGUGACGAUUUGUUUUUUACAUUCCUUUUGUUUCGUUAUCGAAGUUUUAUUGGUAUUUAAUAAAAAAAUAUAAGUAAAAUGUUAAUUUUUCUUGUUUACUAAAAUUAGAAAAUAAAAAGUCGAUUUAAUUAAUGUUAUCAAAAGUCUCUAUUUAUUGGAGGCGGUUAAUUUAAAUUGAAUUAAUUCAAUAAAUUUCACCUCUUAAUCAAUAAAAGAAUUUGUUUGUAAAAUAUAAGCAUUUUGCUAUUGAAUGAUUGAAAGUAAUUUUUCAGCAUUUUUUUUAUACUUUGCAUCUCGUGGUGGCUUUUUAUUUCGAACGAAAUCGUCGGUCGGUGUGGCAAUUCUUCCAGAUUAAAAAACGCAGGAGUCUUUGAAACAGCCUGGCAAGAAACCAAGGCCAAGCAUAAAUAAAUGGCGCAUCUGAGUUGAAUUGUUCAGAAUUUCUC